AUGGCCACGACUGCUGCCCAAGACGAAUACAACAGCCUCGUUGCCAACAACACUGCUCGUGGAACGCUUGACUUGGACCAUCGUGACGACCCUGAGCUUUCCGCGCACGACGACGACGACGACGACGACCUCGACGAAGAGACUAUAUACCGCAACGCCAAGAUUGAAGCAGCUAUGCGCACGACUACCGGUGCUUCGGAGCUCAAGCUCCCCCCGGCUUCCUUUGACAGCGGUCGCUCAACCGGUGUCAAGGGUGUCAUUGCCGACGCCAGAAGCUUCGAGACUGCGCGCAAGACUACCUGGAUAGACAAAGCCAAGUCCGCGCGACGGAGUAUUCUAGGUAUCGCCGGUAUUAAUCAGAACGGAGGAGCCAAGAGCGAGAGUGAGACGGACGACGACACCAUGAGCGCGCCCGGCUCAGAUGAAGAGAGCUUCUUGCAACAAUGGCGCGAGAGCCGCCGCCGAGAGCUAGAGCGCGAAGCCAACAGGGCCGUGCGAACAAGACGGACCAGUCCGAGUGUGCGAGUAUAUGGCCGGUUAGACGAGGUGGAUGCUUCAGGCUACCUUGACGCCAUUGAGAAAGUUGGCAGAGAGACCAAGGUUGUUGUCUUUGUUUACGAUCAUGAGUGUGACGUUUCUGCCACCAUCGAGUCGGCCCUCGCGCCGCUAGUCAAAUCCCACUCGACCAUUCAUUUUGUCAAGAUUCACUAUGACGAGAUUGAAUUGGAUAAUGCUGCUGUCCCAGCGCUGUUGGCCUACCACAACCAAGGUGAUUUGUUCGCCAAUCUGACGGGCAUUAUCGAAAUGAUGCCCGACGAAGAGUCGUUUGGUACCAGGUCUCUCCAAAGACUCUUGGAGAGGCACCAAGUGCUGUAA